AUGCCCAUACACACUGGUCAUCCGGAUAUGUCGAACCAAUGGACUCCUGAAGAUGAACGACGACUGAUUCGUCGCAUUGACAUGUAUCUCAUGGUCCUGUGCACCCUCCUCGACACAGCGGGAAACCAGGCGGGCGAAAUCCUCGGCGCAUUGAUCUCUUACGGCGUGGUGCACUACACUGGCCCAUGUCCACAGUGGAAGAUGCUCUUCCUCAUCCUGGGAUCGAUUACAAUCAUCUGGUCUGUAGUUCUCGGGUUCGCGUUGCCGGAUUCGCCGCGUCAGAACGUCUUUCCUGUCCCCGAUGGAUCGAGAACUGGCAUCUUUCCGUCGAAGAAGUUCCAGCAUGUAUCGGUUUUUCAUCAUGGGGUUAUGCUAUUUCUUCCGAGUGAUGGAGUGACUAGCUUCUCAACAAUCAUCUCUAGCUUUGGAUUCUCCAUUCCCCAGACAGUCCUGAUGGGCCUCCCCAGCACCACCAUCCAACUCAUCUCGCUCUGCAUUAUCAGCACCAUCACGUCGACCCUGCAUAGCACACGGCUCCCCAGUCUCGCAGCGCUGUAUGUCGUGGCCCUCGUAGGGUUUCUCACAAUCAUGCUCGACAAAACGCAGCCAUGGUCUCGACUGAUGGGAUUCUGGCUGUGCGAGCAUACGCACCCAUGUUUCCGAUCGUGUUGUCCCUGGCAGCGAGUAACACGGGCGGAUUCAUGA